AUGCCUUAUCAGAUUGAAAGGAAAGAUUCUCCAGCUAUUCUUUCUGCUGCGAUAUCUGCUUGGACCUUUCUUCUUUCUACUAUUGAUGGAUGGAGACUGAGUCACAAAACUUGGAAAGGGCCAAUUUCAUACUUCUCAGACCUACUGGACAACAAUGAUAAAUUAGUAUGUACAGCAGCUUGUGAGGCCCUGGCUUUAAUAUUCGAAACCAACUGUCUAGAGAAAUUUUCAACUGAAACCAAGGAUUCUCGUCAUGAAGGUGAUACAUCUAGCAGAAUACAUUCAAACAAGGAACUGAAGGACAAUAUUAUAAAGCAGCUCAGAAGCAGGAUUGAAACAAGCAAUGAAAGUAUUCCUAGUCAAGAUCCAAAUACAGGGUUCAGUUCUGCCUCAGAUGCUUUAAAUUUUCUAUAUGAUGGGAAAUGUCUAAAUACCCAUGUGACAAUAGGUGGGCAGAAACUCACUUUCUCAACAUGGUCUCAGGUGAUACAGGGAAAGAUGGAUUUAGCAAGCAUAUGA